AUGCUGCCCGAUGAAUCCAGUAGCUCUAUAUGGAGUAGAGAGCAGGAUACGCAAUUUGAAAAAGCAAUAGCAACUUAUCCUGAGGAAUCUUCAGAUAGAUGGGAGAAAAUUGCUGCCAAUGUUUCUGGAAAAUCGCUAGAAGAGGUUAAAGAUCAUUAUGAGCUUUUAGUUGACGAUGUUGAUAGUAUUGAGGCUGGCUUUGUGCCGUUGCCUUGUUAUAAUUCUUCUUCAGAUGGAACAACAAGCAAUGCUGGUGAGGAAGGAAUUCUUAAGAAAAGUGGUAACUUUGGGCAUUUAAACAGCAAUUCCAGUAAUGGAGGCAAGGUUUCCAGGACAGAUCAGGAGCGACGCAAGGGAAUUGCUUGGACAGAAGAUGAACACAGACGGUUUCUUAUUGGCUUGGAUAAAUAUGGAAAAGGCGAUUGGAGAAGCAUUUCCCGGAACUUGGUUGUGACGAGAACUCCUACACAAGUUGCAAGCCAUGCUCAGAAGUAUUACAAUCGUUUGAACUCAAUGAACAAAGAUAGGAGGCGAUCAAGCAUUCAUGACAUCACCAAUGUCAACACUGAUGAUCUUUCAGUGCCCCAGAAUCCAGUCACUGGUCAAACUAAUGGCUCGCCUGCAGGAGGUUCGUCUGUCAAAUCUAAUAGAUCAUCACCUCAAACCCCAGCUGGUCCACGAGUUGGCAUGUAUGGGGCACCCACUAUUGGAAAACCGAUAGGAGGGCCCCUUGUUUCUGCUGUUGGCACACCGGUGAAUGGGCCGGUUAAUGUUUCAGCACCAGCAAACAUUGCAUAUGGUGUUCCUGGACAAGUGGUUACUGGUGCUCCAGUGAACAUGGUUCCUAUGACUUACCCAGUGCCACAGACCUCUACUCAGAGGUGA